UAAUCGGAAACUUGGAUACGCUCCCCCCGAAUCUCGAUCUGAGAGGUUUCCCUUGCCUACAAUCAUCUUCCUUCGUCUUCCUCUUAAACCCUAACUUAUUUGCGUUCGGAUCGAAUCAUCCGUCAAAUUAGAUUCCCAAGCCAUGUCUGCCGUUUAUUGCGGAAGCAAGAGAUCGUACUUCGACGAUACUCCUUCUCCUCCUCCCUCUUCAAAGAGGUUGCGAUGUUUCUCGCCUUCCAAUACUCAAAGCUGGUCCUCUCCUUCCUCUUCGCUCGAUCAGCUUCGCACCGCCUUUCCUAAUCUUGAACUCACCGUUAUUGUGAAGGCACUAGAAGAGCAUGGGAACGAUUUGAAUGCUGCUAUGAAAACCUUAUACGCUUUGGCAUCGGCUGAGGAGAAAAGAGCUCAAGAAUCGGAGACUGAUGGUGGUGGGACUUUUGCUGCUUCAGACAAUCACUCAGCUAGUGCUAAUGACUGGGUUGCAUUGUUAGUGAGGGAAGUGACACAAUCUUCUGGUACCGAUGAUGCAAAAGCCCGUGCUCAAAGAGUCCUGGGGGCUUUAGAGAAGGUGUUAAGCGCACGUGCUCACGAAGAAGCUGGCAAAAAAUUCCAAGAGGAGAGUGUGGCAGUGCAGCAACAAAUGGAGGCCUUGAUCAAGGACAACACAGUGCUGAAACGUGCUGUUGCUAUCCAGCAUGAGCGACAGAAGGCCUUAGAAGAUGCUAAUCAGCAGCUAGAGUUUUUGAAGCAGCUGAUUCCUCAGUACCAGGAGAAGGUCAGAAAUCUGGAGGUGAAUAACUACGCCUUGAAAAUGCAUUUGGAGCAAAUGGAACACGGCAACUCAAUGAUGCCGCAGAGAUUCAAUCCGGAUGUCUUCUAAUGAGACACAAGUAGGGCAGUUGGGGGAGAGGAGAAGGGAAAGCGUCAACAAACUCAACAAGUAGAGGAGAGAUCAAACUAGAAAACUCAGGAGAGAAAUGCUUUUGCAUGUUAUUUUCUGUGUAGUCAGAAGUCAGAACAACAUAUGUUUCUUUUCCUUUUUUUUUAUAUUUUAUAUACUUCGGUGCUGGAUAUCAAAGAAUAUGGGUGUUUGGGUCGGUAUAGGGAUAUGUAUAAUUAAACAAUCUGUUUCUGAAAAAUUGUGUUGCUGUUGCAUUGAACGUUCUUAUUCUGAUUUUUGGUGGCAAAACCGGUAUGAAAGACAGAGGCAUGACUGGGAAAAAUGAGCAGAGAUAUUUUCAAUAAGGAAAAAAGAGAUGUACAUUAUUAGCUCUCUCUUGAUCCGCUCCCUUGUUGUGGUAUUAAAUGAUCGUACAGGAAUCUAUUACAAAGAGCUCUGACCCUGUCGUAUAAAGACAUAACGUAUACAACAGCAGCAGGCAACCAAAAAAAAGUACCUACGAAGACUUCUCUGUCACUCUAUUCACACUCUCUUUAAAAGCUUCCCAGGCAACUCUGCAAUGCUCUUUCGAUCUCAUCCCUUGUUCAACAACCUGCAUCGCUCUUCUGUGCAAAUGCUCGUACCGUUGAACCGGAUUCAUUAUGUCCACACAGCCUGACCCGAAAUCUGCAACAUAGAGACGCUUCACGUCUUUGCGCCAACGUUGCAAUAUAUACUGAGACGGGAUUUCCUCCAAGCCCUUGUGGCUUAGCAGGAGGAGCACGUGUCUGCAUUGGUACCCGUUGAAGCUGAAACCACCACACACACAGAAGCAACGUACCUGUGCCGCUCCUGCUACUGCACUUGUCUCGUAGACGACCUCAAAGUCUCUCACUUUCUCUCCCUCUCGCUCUUUCACCACGUACGUGGAGGCCGAGCCGUUUGAGUGGACUUGCGUUAUUCCAGAACAUGAAGACAUUGCCGAUACCUCCUCUUGGAACCUCGUAAAUAUCUCCUUCGUGAACACCUUUGACAUCUGAGACUCGUACGGGUGCGUUGUUUUGAGCUCCGGGACUGACUUCGACGACUCUGAAUCGCACAAGGCUUCAUUUGCGUACUUUUUAUCCAGAAAAGAUUCGUACCCUUCAAGGAACUCCCUCAGAGGUGUGUGCUGGUGAACGUAGCUGCUGAAGAUGAACGGAGCUGCUGCAUUCCCCAGUCGAAAAGUCAACGCCCCUGCCAAAAACGUAUCCUUGAGGUAAACAGGAGCCCACUGUUCUCGAUCCUGAAACAAGCCCCGGAUGAUCUCGUUAUUCGUCAGCCCAAACCUAAUAAUCAUCCCUUCCCAAGCGACUUCAAACUCUUCCACCCUGAGAUAACCGUACACCACUCUGUUCAGUGCCGUACGGAACGACUCAGGAUCUUGCAGUAGUCCAACAACGCUCUGAAAGAUGCUUUGCAAGACGUGGGUCAAACUAAGACGAUGAUGAGCCCUAGGAAAAACUUCAGAGACUGCACCCUGCAUCGACUUGCAAUGCUCUGUGACGAAAGUCUGUGGAGGACGGCCCAACAUACACGUAAGCCACGCUCUGAAGAGCCAGACGUAACUCUCAUAGCUCUGGUCAGCAACCAAACCACAUCCAAGUAAGAUAGAAUCCCCAUGGUGGUUAAUUCCAACAAACGCAGCAAGAGGAAGCUCGUAUGCAUUCGAUAAACACGUCGUGUCAAAGACAACCACGUCGUUAAAGUGAGAGUAAGCAGCUCUGGCUCUCCCCUCGAUCCAGAACACAUUCCUGACCCCUCCGUCGUCGCCGAGAUCCAUGGAGUAGAAAAAGUUUGGGUUAGUAAGCUGAGAUUGGAAGAAGAAGUCUUGCAACACUCUAAACCCUCCUCCUCCUUUGAGAUCCAAACGGAUUGAAGAGUGGAACUCAUCACCAUUCUCUCCACUAGAGUUCGGCGUGUCGUCAACAGCAAGGCUCCUAUACAACUUAAUGGUCCUGACUUCAACAUCAAGAGGUGGUUCAUGUUUUCUCUUGUUACCAACACCAAACGUUUUCUUAUGAGACUUAGAGUUAUGAGCUCUUUCUAAAUCAAAAGAAUGGUUGUGUUCGAGUUUGACUUCAUCGAUUUUCCAUCUAUCGAGUUCAAUCAAACGGAGACGAAUCAUGGCUUGACAACCGGUUCGGGUCUCUUUUCUCCGGGUACUGUUUGGUUCUUUAACCGUUUUGAAACCUUCGCAGUUGCAGCAUAACACGGCGCCGCGUUUCUCCUUGCUGUUACGCUUCGUCCAUGAGGAUUUGACUCUGAUUGCGAAACCGAGGUCUCGGGCGUAGGAGUUGUAGUAGCUGUAGGCUUCGUCGUAAGAGUCGAAUUCCAUUUCGGUAGUUGGGGGAAGAGAGGUCGUUGAGCAUUUUUCGGAUUCGUUGCUUUGAGAUGCGAAUUCGUCGAGGAGUAAUCUAUCGCAUUCAUUUUCAACGAGGAGGUCGGGAGAGUUGUGUAUGAUGGUUGGAAGGUUAUCGUCUCCGUCUUGUGUUAUAACCAGCUGUUCGCUGCUCUGAGAACCUUCCUCGAUCUGAAAAAUCACAAAAGGAUUAGUUAACCCUAAGUUGGAAUAAUCAAAAUCUAAGGCUAAGGGAAGAAGAAUUUGGAAGAGAGAAAAGAGAAGAUGUAACCGUGAUGCAGAGAUUAGAGUUGGGGGAGAGAGAUUGGUCCGGCGGAGAGUAGACGUUGUUACUAUCACCCAUCAUCGUUCGUUCGUAGCUGCGUAGGAGAGAAUCAGGAAUGAGGCUGUUUUUGACCCCUCGUUUUUUAAUUUCUUUUUGCUGCGUUGUUAUUUUUUUUUUCAAAAUUCCACCUUUAUUUCUCCGAUUUUACAAAAACAACGGAGAAAUAAAGAAUUUUAAACAGACGUAUCAAUUAGACUUUUU